AUGCCCCCACAAUCAUCGCUGCAGUCCCGACUUGCUGCCGUCAUUCCCGCUGGCAUAAAUCUGCAGGCGUACCACCUUUCGACAACUCCCGAGCCGACAGCCCCGCUCUUCUCAUCUUUACCUGGGCAGCACGACGAGGCUACGUUUUGCGAGUCUCAUUUUCUUGCAAUAUCUUCGCCUGAAAAUGAUGACGGCAAAGAGAUUCUGGUCUUCGCCAUCGAGGUCUUCAUAUUUGCCACCACGAGCGUGACCACUUUAUUCGUCUCCAAAGCUGACUCGUCUGGCUUCUCCUCACGUCUCAGAGCACCAAAGGGCUCACCUUCGAUUGUUGCUCUCAUCACCUCUACCUUUCUCGACUUCUUGCUCGAGCCUCGAUUGACCAACCCGAGAGUCGUUCUUUCCCUUUUCGCUCGCUCACAAAUCCAAUAUCUGUUCCCUGGCAGCAUCGAGAAUGCUGGCAAACACGUUCUAGAUGAUCGGCAGCUGAUCAAAUGGUGGUGUCGAAUUCUUGAUAGAGUUCGACGCAACCAUGAAGGUAACACUCUUCAGCCCUGCCAAACCAGUGCACAUCUGGUGGUUCCUGGAUGUGACAAGGGAGAAACGAAGGCAUUCUUUCCUCCAUCCAGCCGCCAAGAUUCAAUAUCCGACUCAAAAUGGAUUAAUUCAUAUCCCGUGGAACUUCUAGUGGAAGACAGUUCGGUUCCUCCGAGGUACUUGAUUCCCCGCUUGCCAGACGACCCAAAAUCACGGUUCCUUGACGACUUGGAUGGUGACUACAUUGAUGAAGGGGGAAAAUGGCGAAGCAUCAAAAGUCUGGAUCAGUUCUGGGAGAUGAUGUCUUAUAGACAAGAAUGCUCCGCCGGAAGAUUGGUCGGGUUUGUGUGGGUAGUCUUCUCAUACGGUAAAGCUGCCCAUGCGUCUUCGAGGACACGUGUGCAGAGUAGUCAGACGGAGUCAGGGCAGCCGCAUCUCCAGUCGAGUUUGCUGACGCCGAAUAACUCAGAGCUGCAAAGGAACGGCACCACGGCUUCUGAUGCUCUGCCAGAGCCUGACCCCAGGAUCAUCCCAAAGCUCAACUCGCCACCGCAAUCUUCACCAGUUGGACCAGGUCAAAUAGAUACCUUGGCAAUUCCGUCUGAUGGAGAGCAGGUCGAUGCCGCGGUGGCGUCGACCAAUCAAUCGACCUCGACCAUGAGCGUUCCUUAUCUUGAGACACGGGGCGAAGUCGUCAUGGACGCUAAUCAAUAUACGUCUUUAAUGGACUUUCUUCUGCAGACAGACUUUGCUGGGGAAGAGCUUGCCGCAGCAAGUACGGCAGGCUGGGUCCAGAAAGUAUUCGAGCUUUCAAGGGUCACCACAUUUGGGCGUCCCAUACGUGGCGAACAUAUCUUGGCCCAGUCGAGUGUGCCUGAAAAUAAGUCAUCUCAGCCAGUCAACGUACUGACCAGCAUUCGCAAAAAGAGAAAGGCGGACAAUUGGGAAGAGAGUGUAUCGGCAGCCGAGGGGGCAGAAGUCUCGAAGAAGAAACCCAAAAACUGA